UGUUCAGGCAACGGUGUCGCAGGCGCAGGCGCUGGCACCGCUGAGUACGCAGUCAGUUCGCAGCGGCCAACGGUACCGUAUGUGCUGCUAGCUACUACGCACUAAAUAAACAUCAACAACGCGAGGAAACUAACCGUGAAGUGUGAUAUGAUGCAAGCCUGUGAAUUUUAAAGGACAGUGACAAAUACGAACAGAAGGAUAGAGUGCAGUUUACUGUAAUACCCGAAGAUGCCGAAGAUCUUCCUGAUCAAAAAACGGUUGCACGAGCAGCAACAGAGCCUGCAGGAGGCGCAGGACUUGCUAGCCCUCAAAAGUGACCCUCUCUGCCCAGGAUCUUUCUUGGAUGAUGAUCCUCUACCCCUGCUAAAGGACAAGAAAUGCACUGAUCGAGAUGUUUUCGGCGAAAGCAAUUUUCAAGAUAGGCCUACUAAGGAGCCGAGAAGAUUUAUCUCAUCAAUUCUUGGUGGUGAUAUUCCUUACGGAAGCCAUAGAGGCCACGUUUUAACUCAAGCAGAACGCAAGCAGUAUCUCCCCGUUGUAGCAGAGGACAAGAAAACUGAAGAGAAACCCUUAAUUAAAGAAGAAAAGGAUGUAAACUUAGAUAGUGAGCCUGUUGUACUGCCUUCCUUAACUCCCCCUUCGCCUGAAUCUACACCCUCACCUAACAUUGAUAACAAUGUUACAUGUCAAAAAGUAUCAGUAAUACAGAGAACUCCUUCACAAUCACAAUUGCGUAACGAUAAGAAAGAAUAUUCCGGUAUAAAAGUACCAACAUCAUUUUCCACACCAGAACCCGAACAAGAUCAACCAAUUGAUUACGCAAUUGCAAAAAAACAUGACGAAAAAGAAGAUGAAGAAACAGAAAAGAAAAUUAGAGAACAAAGAAGAACAAGCAGUUCUAAAAUUGCUAAUGGUAUUUUAGCUCGGCCUACUUUCGUUUUAAGAAACUGCCCCGCAAGCAAAGUUCCUGGAAUAAUGAGUGCUGCCGCAGGACAUGGAAGAUCGACUGGAGGGAAUGGCUCCGGUGGUAGCUCACAGAGUAGUGGAGGUUCGGGAAGCUUUAGUUCAGGAGGUGGUAGUACUGCUCCAUCUUCAGGUGGCGGUGGAGCCAUGGGAGGAGGAUCUGGGAGCGGUGGUAAUGGUCGAGAUGGCAGGUCCAACUAUGGACCUAACAGUCCACCUACUGGUAGUCUUCCACCGUUCUAUGAAACACUUGGGCCCUCAUCUAAAGGUGGACAAAAUUCUUUUAAUGCCAAUGGCAACUUUUCCAAUGAAUUUAAUAUUAUAAACGGAUUUAAUAUGGACUGUGAAAACAAUGAUAACGCCACCAAUUUUCCUGAACAAAGCAAGCAGUAUUCAUUAAUGCAGAAUGCACACUAUGGUCUUGCUCUAAAAGAUGAAGAUAGAUACGAUACUGAUAUAGAUUACGAUAAUAAACUAGAAAACAUAAAUGGAAUUAGCAAUUAUGGCAAUAAUUUCGAUGAUUCAAUGGUUGUAGACAUGGGAGAUGAUGUAAUUGACAAUUAUCAAUUUUCUACUACCCUAACGUUUUCGGGUACAAAUGAAAGCAUUUUGAGUAAUCUGUCAGAUUCCACAGUAGAUUUUGCUAAUUUAUUGAAUAAUCACGUGGAAUCUAUAACUGAUUCUGAAAUAAGAGAAUCCUCAUCAAUCACUCCCGAUUCAGUGCAUAAUCCGUUAGACAUUGAGACUUUAGCAGAACAAGUAAAUCUUAGUAGACAGUAUUACGAAAAAGCAAAUUAUCUGGCAUUUGCAAGUCAAGAACAAAGUCCAUCAUACAACUUCGCUAAAGACCGCCCUGACUUACUGAUGCAGCUCAACCCAGCAUUACUACAGCACAAUGAAGGCCAAAUGCAACAACUGCAAAUCCAUGUACAAUUUCAGCAAAGACCACCAAUAUUAUCUCCAGGCUUUCCCUUCACUAGUCAUUCGCUGGAUCUAGAUUCCCCCACCGGUGUUUCGCUUCCAUCGCCUGGUGGAAACAACUCAUUGGACAGCACCAAUCACAUCGAAAAUUCUUCACUCAGUCCAGCAGCUGCUGUAAGUCUCAAGAUAAAUUCUAACAAGGAGGGCAAAAUGCAAAUCUUGCAGCAAAGGUUGGGUUUACCUGCAGAACUCCCAUUGGAAUUCAUUAAUGGUGGUCACGGUGUGAAGAAUCCGUUAGCUACUGAAGCCAAUGCCAGACAGAGGGAAGAGGAGAAAAACAAACAAGUAUUAGUCAGUGAAGAUGAUCCCUCAAAAUUCGUCUGCAGAGUUUGCUCUAAAAACUUCAGUUUACAAAGGCUUCUUAACCGACAUAUGAAGUGUCACUCUGAUGUCAAACGAUACUUGUGCACUUUUUGUGGCAAAGGUUUCAACGACACCUUUGACUUGAAACGCCACACCAGAACGCACACCGGUGUCAGGCCUUACAAAUGUAAUCUCUGCGAGAAGUCCUUUACCCAAAGAUGCUCUUUAGAAUCGCAUUGCUUAAAAGUUCAUGGUGUGCAGCAUACCUACGCCUACAAGGAAAGACGAACUAAGAUGUACGUUUGUGAAGAAUGUGGCCACACGACAUCUGAACCAGAGGAACACUACAUGCAUUUGAAGAAACAACACCCCUACUCGCCAGCUCUUCUUAAAUUCUACGACAAAAGACAUUUUAAAUUCACAAACACCACAUUUGCUAACCAGCUUUUAGGACAGCUUCCAAUGCCUGUUCAUAAUUAAAUCAUUUUAUAUUUCUAUUUCAAUUACCUUAUAGUUUACAAAUUUUGAAAUAGUCGUGAGAUAGAACUGUGGCGAUUUUCAAGAUACAAAAGAUCCUGCGUUUUGUAUCUUGAGGACCGCCACAGUUCUAAUUGAUUUAAUGGAACGAAGGGUACUUAAUUACGAAUUUAUUCCGUCCGUUUUAAAGUGAAACCAAACAAGUUGAAGUAUUGAUCUAACCCCAGUGCCCAUUCAGCAAAACGCACUAAAUGUAAACAUAUCUUAAUCGAUGUCUUCCAAACUAGACCUAGACAUUAUUGAAUUUAAUUUACUUUGAAAGGUUAAUGAAACUACGGAACGAUACACCUUUUGUUUCUCCAAAAUACCUUAUUUUAACAGUCAAGGUGAAUAAGAAUGUCCACUGGCCUAGCAUUUAGGUAUGACUGCAAAAAUCAAAGUAUCGGGUAUUAUGUGCAAUCUAUGGUGAUGGUACGGGAUUAUCACAUAAGUAUAGUUGUAAGUUAGACUUAAUUUAAGCUAAGGUCUACAAUCAAAUAACAUAGAAUCAUUUGUAAGUUUCAUUUCAAACCAGCCGGAGAUAUAUGUUUAUCAAGAGACUAAACAUUUAAUUAAAUGGUGCUCAAUAGCAAAGGAAGCUGACUUGAAAUGAAGCAGUUAUAGAUCGGAUGACAUCUUUUGUCCGGUUUAUAUAUGUCGGAAGUUAAGCUCUGACAUAUUAACUCCUCUAUACUUAUAAGGAAUCUCUUUCCUCGUUUUAGUGAUACUAGCUCCUAAUUGUUUCUCAAAAUAUUAACACAAAAUACGUCACAAGUUAUACGUGUACUAUAGAAAAUGUUAUGUUUGUUUCUUGUUUGUACUUAUAUUGAUAUCGAAAUUUUGGAAUUCGAACGUUAACCUGUCAAUGGGUUCACGGUAUGUCGUACCAAGUUUAAAUGCAUUUUUAAAAUAUUUAUAUUAUUUAAAUUAAAUUGAUGAUCGGAUACAGUUUGUGCUGUGAGUGUGUGUGAGAAAAAAUGUACCUAUUGAAUAAGUAAGUUAUUUUAUGCAUCUGUUGUUGUAUUUUUUGAUAGCGACUGAGCAGAUUUGGCUCAUUUUGGGACGGCGCUGCCGUUUCGGAUAGUGAGUUGAUGAUUAGGUGCAAAUCCAUUGCUGCACAUGGAAAUAUUUCAAUAACAUGAUUUAUAGUUUCUUUUGAAGAUUUAAGUUAAUAGUGACAUGUAAAUGUUCGAGUGACUGCGAAUACAGUUCUACACAUACGUUGUCCAUCAUAUAUUUGUAUACUGCAACAAUGGAAUUGCUACCUUUUACUAUGAUGCUCAAUUGAUUCUUUGCGCUUUCACAGAAAAGCUUUGGAUGAAAUAUGUAUACCUAUGUCACCGGAAAAUAACAGGAACAGUUCAUUAAAUUCCUAGUUAGUUUAUUAAGAGCGAUUAAUUGUGUGUAAUUAAAUUAUUUUAAGUUCACUUUUCCGUAAAUUGAUAACUUACCGAACUUGCACGUAAAAUAAGAAAGUAGGCUAUAACCAGACUACAUAUGUGCGCUCUGAUUGGUUGAUAAGGUGACGUGUUCCUUCUGUUUUGUCUCCUUCACAAUUGCUACGAAGUACCUAUAAAGAUCUGUAAGUUAAUAAAUUAUAUUAAGAACGUCGGUGGUCGAAUCGGUAAGAUGCCCAGUUAAAAAUGUAUGUAGCGCAAAAAAGGAACAGUUGCGAAAGCCACCUCGACCGUGUACCAAUGACUAUUUUCGAAGUCGAAAGAUCCGAUGCUCUUACGGGAAAACAUUGUGAGGAAACUUGAACAUUUAGGCAACUGUAUGUGUAACCAUGAUCGAUCCAAUGCGGGUUAGAUUCCCCUGCAAAGGUUGCGGAGGUCAGAUGAGAGUUGCUUCGUGUAAAAACCUGACUCACGCAAUGUCCAGUAUCCAUAGUCAAAGGCUUACCCCGGGACUCUUCCCAGAGAGGUGUGGAUGCAACCGGGAUUGAAGCCAGGAGGAAGAAGACCCAAUCCAGGAUCCAUGGUCAAAGGCAUACCCCGUGCUCCUCUUCAUAGGGGACUAAAGCCAGGAGGAAGAAGUGCAUAUUGAUACAUUUGCAAAAAUAUGGACGUAAGAUUUUUUCACACUUGCUUUUCACAAUUCAUCUCUCUUUUAGAAUCUUACGAAAGUUUUUAAUUUCCUAGGAAGUUUAUUUGUUAUCUCUUCUAUUUACAGUUCUAGUUAUUUUACGGUGACAUAUAUAAAAAAUGUAAAUAUGUCUAAAUUUAGAUAAUAAUAGAAAAAAUGAGAAUGUAAUAACUACUUAACAUAGUGGUACCUAAUUAGUGUUUAUGAGAUUCUAAAAAUUAAAUAUUAUGAUACUUAUAUUAUUUUGUACAAUUUGGUAAGUUUUGAUACAUCUGAUUUUCAUUAAUGCAUUUCGGGUAGAUAACUAUUGUGAUAGCGCAAUGCCUUGUUUGUAAGUACUUGUCUGUUGCAUUUACUAGCAUUUCAUCCAUCCUCACUCUGGAUUCAUAUUUAAGGAACAA